AUGGAUUUGCAAUCAAAGGUAUAUGUUGCGCUAGGUUUAGCGUCACCAAUAUAUUUAUAUUUUGGAGGUAGACUCUCUAUCCUGGUUGUUAUAUGGACUUCCGUAGUUCUAUUUGGUAAAGAAAUAUUUGGUAAUGGGGGUGAGGUCCCUGUGGAACCGCACAAAUGUAAAUGUUCAGAUAAAAAUGGUGAUGGAAAAACACACAAUCAUAAUCAUGAGAAGAAAGAAGAGUGUUGUGGCGGGAAAGGUACCGGCGUAAAUGGUAAACCAUGUUGUGGUAAAGGUGGUAAGGCUCCUACUGCAGAACUUCCUAAAUUUAAGAAAGAGCCAAUAGUUUCUAAAGAUGAUCAGAAGCCAAAGACUAAAUGUUGCGGCGGAAAAGGUCACGAUGUAAAGAAACAUGGUGAAGUUUGCUGUGGUGGUAAAGGUCAUGCUAAUGAAAAGAAAGUUGAACCAGUUGAAAAAAAGAAACCAAAGACAAAAUGUUGUGGUGGAAAAGGUCAUGACGUUGAAAAGCAUGGUAAAGUUUGUUGUGGUGGUAAAGGUCAUGAUGAUGACAAAAAAGAGGUUGCACCAACUCCGGAGCCAAUCGUCGAGAAACAGGAAACUAAAUGUUGUGGUGGUAAAGGUCAUGAUGUAAAGAAAAACGGUAAAGUAUGUUGUGGUGGUAAGGGUCAUGAUAAGGAAAAGAAUGUUGAAAUUCAAGAGGAACUAAAGAAAGAGGAUAAUUGGGAUUCUUUGACUGUUGAUUUCACAGAGGCAUUUAAAUCUCCUAAUGCUAAGGCUACCAAAAAAUCUGUCAAAGUGUUUAGCAAGAAAGGUAUGACUGAAGUUAAAGCUACUCAGACCGACAACGAUGCUGAUGGUUUAAUUAAGAGUGCAUUUACUGUAUCUAAUAUUGACUUACUAGAUUCUGAUAUCUAUAUUUUCUACAGUUCUUUACAAGGUUCUUCCUCAAAAGCAGGUUCCAUUGUCCAAGAAAAACUGAGGGAAGUCUCUGGUUUACAAAGACAACCUAUAUUGUUAAAUUUGGAUGAAAUCAAUGAUCUAGAUGAAUAUUUUGUUAAUGUUCCAAGUGAAAAAGCCCUUUAUGUCAUGGUUGUACCAUCUUAUGAUGUCGAUUGCCCAUUAGAUUAUUUUAUUCAAACUUUAGAAGAAAACUUUAAUGAUCAUAGAUUAGAUAAGUUCCCAUUAAGGAAAUUGGUCGGUUAUACUGUAUUAGGUCUUGGUGAUUCUGAAUCUUGGCCUGAUAAAUUUUGUUACCAAGCUACUAAAGUCGAUUAUUGGAUUUCUCAUCUAGGUGGUAGAAGAAUCUUCCCAAUUGGUAAAGUUUGUAUGAAAUAUAAUGGUAAUGAUAAAAUCGUUGAAUGGGCAAACUUAUUAGGCGAUUUAUUGAAGGAUAAUGAACCAAUCUUAUACGAAUAUGAUGAGACUGUUGAUAAUUCUGAUGACGAUUAUGAUGACAAUGACAGUUUUGAUGGAUCUAAUGACGAAGAAGAAGGUUCUGAUAGAGAUAUUGAUCUAGAAGACGUUGGUGGUAAAGAUAGCAAUGGUGGUACUAGAAAAAUAAACAAAAAUUCUUUAGAGGUUAAACAAAUGAUUGCAAAGGAUAGUCCUACUUAUAAGAAUUUAACCAAACAAGGUUAUAAGAUUGUUGGUUCUCACUCUGGUGUUAAGAUCUGUAGGUGGACCAAAAAUGAAUUACGUGGUAAAGGUUCCUGUUAUAAGAAAUCUUUAUUUAAUAUUGCUUCUAGUAGAUGUAUGGAAUUGACACCUUCUUUAGCCUGUUCGUCUAAAUGUGUCUUUUGUUGGAGACAUGGUACGAACCCAGUGUCAAAGAAUUGGAGAUGGGAGACAGAUGAACCUGAUUUUAUCCUUGAAAAUGCAUUGGCUGCUCAUUAUUCUAUGAUAAAACAGAUGAGAGGUGUUCCUGGUGUUAUUGCUGAAAGGUUUAUUAAUGCUUUCAAAGUGGCACAUUGUGCUCUAUCUUUAGUUGGUGAGCCUAUCUUAUAUCCAUAUAUUUCCAAAUUCAUUGAAUUAUUACAUGAGAAAAAAAUUACAAGUUUCUUAGUGUGUAAUGCUCAACACCCUGAAUCCUUAAGAACCAUUGGCAGGGUUACUCAAUUAUAUGUUUCUAUCGAUGCUUCCACAAAGGAAGAAUUGAAAAAAGUAGAUCGUCCAUUGUAUAAGGAUUUCUGGGAAAGAAUGAUGGAAUGUUUGGACAUUUUACGAACUGUCCAAUCACAUCAACGUACUGUUUUCAGGUUGACAUUAGUGAAGGGUUUCAAUAUGGGAGAAAUUUCCUCAUAUGCUGAUUUAGUUCAACGUGGUGAGCCAUGUUUCAUAGAAGUGAAAGGUGCUACAUUCAGUGGUUCUUCCAAGGAUAAUGUUAAUUCUUUAACUAUGCAAAACAUUCCAUACAUUGAGGAAUGUAAAGCGUUUGUAGAGAGGUUUGUUGGUGAGUUACAAAGACGUGGUAUGGAGUAUGAGAUUGCGGCUGAACAUGCACAUUCUAAUUGUGUGUUGAUUGCGCAUCGUAAGUUCAAGAUUGAGAACAAAUGGCAUACACAUAUUGAUUUUGAGAAAUUUUUCCAAUUAUUAGCUACAGGUGAACCAUUCACUUACAUGGAUUAUUUGCAAGAGACACCAGAAUGGGCACUGUAUGGGAAUGGUGGAUUUGCACCAGGUAAUGUUAGAGUAUACCGGAAUGAAAAGAAAACCAGUAAGAACGGUGAGGCAGAUGAUAAUAGAGUGCAUCCUGAUGAUCUACCUGCAUUACCAGUCAUGCAAGUGUAA